UACACAGUUGCUUAAUCAUCCGUAUGGUCGGUAACAUACAUGUUCAAAUUCUCAGAACACUCGUCACUGUAGCCUAUAUCCACAAGGUUCUGCCUGGAAGUGAACGAAUCUCUUCUUCAUCGUUGCCAUUUUCUCUGUGACUUAUACCUGAAGCUAGACUCGUAGCAUUUGUACUGCAAAAUACUUUCUCCUACAUUAUCCACAAUAUUACAACCUUUAUAUUUAAUAAUUCCACGAUUCGAUCUAUUUUGUGUAUCACGCAUUCCAAUAUGGCUGCUAGUCUUUUCCAAGCUGGAGUUGGUGUCACUGUGUGCAUUGUGAGCUUCUCUAUAUUCUUGGUUUAUCACAUCGCAAAGUUUCUUCGUAUUUUCUUUCUAAUCUCUAAAUUCGAUGGCCCUCCCACGAUUCCGUUCUUUGGAAAUACAUUUAAGAGUGACAGCAGAGAAAAUUUUCUACACAUGAGAAGAUUAACGGAGAAGUACCGUGAGAGAACAGGAGGUGUAAUACGAUUGUGGUUUGGCCCAUUCCCAAUACUACUCAUCUACAGCGCUAAACACUGUGAGGCACUGUUGAGUAGUAGUCGUCAUAUCAAUAAAGGAAUCGAAUAUCAACUUGUUGAGCCAUGGCUCGGUAAAGGAUUGUUGACAAACGGAGGUCAAAAAUGGUUUCACCGUCGCAAGCUACUCACUCCAACCUUUCAUUUCUCCAUCCUACAAUCUUUCAUAGAGGUGUUUAAUGAGCAGAGCUUCAUAUUGGUCAAUAAACUCGAAAAGUUGGCGGCGGAAACUGAGACAAUCAACAUCUAUCCUCUGGUCACUCAUUGCGUGUUGGAUAUCAUUUGUGAUACCGCCAUGGGGAAACGUACCAAUGCACAGAGUGACAACGAAAAUGAAUAUGUUCAAGCCGUCUCAAGAAUGACCAAUCUAGUUGUCCGUAGGAUACGGAACUUCAUGUUGUGGCCUGAUCUUAUUUAUAAAAGAACUGCAGCGGGGAAGGAGCAUGACAAGACAUUGCGAGUACUUCAUACAGUCACAGAAAAGAUGAUUCAGGAGAGACUCCAUCACAUUCCUUCAAAUAAAAGUGAAACAGACCAAAGCGAGCCAAUCACUGGACAACGCAAAAGAAUCGCAUUCCUAGAUCUUCUUCUUCAGAUGCACCGUGAAGAUCCCAGCUUUACUCUUAAAGACAUCAGAGAGGAAGUAGACACAUUCAUGUUUGAGGGUCAUGACACAACAUCUUCAGCAAUCAGCUGGGCCCUUCUUCUUAUCGGACAGCAUCCUGAGAUUCAAGCUCGUCUGCAUGAUGAAAUAGAUGAAAUCUUUGGUAAAUCUGAGCGACCUGUCACAUCAGAUGACAUCUCUAAAAUGUCAUACUUAAAUUGUGUUGUCAAGGAAUCCCUUCGUUUAAUACCAGCUGUCCCUGGUAUUGGUAGAGACAUCGAAGAUGAUAUCAUCGUGGAUGGAAAGGUAGUACCAAAAGGAACAUUCAUCUUUGUGAAUAUCGCUGGCAUACAUCAUGACCCGGAACAGUUUCCUGAUCCAGCUCGGUUUAACCCUGAUCGAUUCUUACCUGAGAAUUCGGCUAAGCGACAUCCUUUUGCCUUCAUUCCGUUCUCUGCAGGACCAAGAAACUGCAUUGGUCAAAAAUUUGCAAUGAUGGAGGACAAAGUUAUCCUGAUCAACAUCCUUCGAAAGUUCUCCAUCAAAUCACUUCGGACUCUGGAUGAGGCCAAACCAGGAGGACAAAUAAUCAUCAAACCUAUAGAUGGCACUAUUCUUGUUAAAUUAAUUCAAAGGAUGUAGUACAGGCAAUAUUUGGUAGUUUUACACACGUUGCAUUUUCUAAUGAACCAUCAGUUUCAGUGAGGUCACGCGUAAUAGUUCCUCAUUCGCCUUACAACCGUCCAAAUGGCCAUGCCAGAUGAUAACAACCUGAUGUGCUAUAGAGCAUUCAUGUUUUUAUAAUAUUUCAUUAAUUAGAGGCAUUAAUGAUGCAACAAUUUCAAGUCAUAUUUCAUUUGUAGACACAUCACUUAAUAAAAAACAUGGUAAUUUUCAUGAUCAUGGUUUAUACAUAUCAUCAAAACGCAUUGCGGGACGAUUGUCGGGCAAUUGACAUGUCUUUUUGAUAAAGACUACUGGGGGUGAGGGGCGUGUGGGAUGCAAGAUGGAAGUUAUAUUUGAUUUUUGUUUUGGAACAGUUGGGGGAGAUUUCUGUUUCUACGUGACUUUGACACUUAAAAAAAAUAAAAAUGCCGCCAUUUUAUUAAAAAAUGAUGAAGGCUUGGCAAGACUUAAGAAAAUAUCGUUAUUCUGAAGAGGAGGUACUAUAUUCAAUAAUCAAAAUAUUUGUAUAAGAGGUAAAACGAU